CGUCAAGCUCGGUGCCGACGCCUGACGCCCGAGGCCUGACCCACGCCGCCAUCUGACCCGCGACCGGACCGCGCGACUGGGGACGACACAUCGCUGGCAGUCGAGUUCUACGCAGCGGAACGAGAGAGAAGACAACAGCUUACCAGGAUACGCAUAGAUCUACGGUGCGGGCUCGGCGCGGCGCGGCAUGGCUCCCAGCGGCCGAUACCUGCGGGUGGACGAGCUGGCCGACCCGUCCGACCUGUACGAGCUCGGCGACCGCAUCGCUGAGGGCACCUACGGAGAGAUCCACCUGGCCAGGGAUAAGGGCUCAGGGUGUCAUGUCGUCAUUAAGAUAAUUGAAAACACCGAAGAGAACUUCCCAGAUAUUGAAGAGGAGUACAGAAUACUGAAAGAUCUCUCCGUGCAUCCUAACAUCCCAAAACUUUACGGAGUUUUUAGGAAGAUCCAGAGCAAUGGUGUCGAACAAAUAUGGAUAGCAAUGGAGUAUUGCUCGGGAGGAUCAUCGACGGACCUGACCCGACGGCUCAAGGAGCAGGGUCAGCUCAUGCAGGAGGAUCAUAUCGCUUACAUCCUGUACCACGCCGCUCAGGCCGCCUGCCACUUGCAUCGGAACCACGUCAUGCACCGUGACAUCAAAGGGCAGAACAUUCUGAUCACGGCCGAGGGAGAUGUGAAACUUAUCGACUUUGGGAUCUCUCGCCACCUCAAGUCGACGAUGGGUCGGCACGGCACGGCCAUUGGCACCCCCUACUGGAUGGCGCCCGAGGUCAUUCUCUGCGACCAGCUGCCCGACAGCGAGUACGACAUCCGCGCCGACGUCUGGUCCCUCGGUACGUCUGGUCCCUCGGCGUUACAGGCGAUCGAGCUCGGGGACGGCGUGCCGCCGCUGGCCGACAUCCACCCGGUGCGAGCCAUGUUCCAGAUCACCCGCAACCCGCCGCCCACGCUGGCGCGGCCCGCCGACUGGAGUCAGAACUACCUCGACUUCAUCGUCGAAUGUCUGGAGAAGAACCAGGAGAACCGGCCGCUGAUGGAGGAGGUCAUCAGCCAUCCGUUUUUGGCCGAUCUUGAGCCGCGCCUGUCUGACAUCCGGGAGGAGCUGGCGGCGCUGGUCGCCGGCACCGGUCCGAGGCCCAGCCUCCAACCGGCCCCGGUCACGUCCAAGGCCGGCUAUCUGAGGACGCGGCCUCACUCCAAGUCGACGGAGAUCCUGCAGGACGACCUGGCUGCGCUGGAGGACGUCACAGAUGACGGCGUCCUGAACCUGCUGGAGAAGCGCUUCAACCGCGGCACGAUCUACACGUUUGUUGCUGAUGUCCUGAUCGCCAUCAAUCCAUUUUCGGAGACAGCACUCUUCGAUGCCAAGGCACACGACGCGUUCCGGUCACGCGCACGGUCAGACAACGCACCACACGUGUUUGCGGUGGCGGACCGGGCGCACCAAGACAUGGCCCACCACAAGAGGACGCAGACGAUCGUCUUUACCGGUGAGACCGGCGCCGGCAAGACCUUCAACGCCCACAUGGCUCUGGAGCACCUCUGCCACCUCGGCAAGCCCGGUGCUCGCCUCCAGAGCCAGCCGCUGGCCGACAAGGUGAAGAGCGCCCAGUUUGUGGUGGAGCUACUGGGCAGUGCUGCCACCAACUCCAACUCGGCUUCGACGCGCCAGGUGCGCUACCUCGAGACGACCUUUGCCAAGACAGGCCGGCUCAGCGGCGUCAUCGUCUGGGUGUACAUGCUGGAGAGGUGGCGCAUCGCCGACUCCCGACCGAACGACGGUACCUUCAACGCUCUCUAUGCGUAUUUCUACGGACUCAAGCAAAGUGGAAGAUUGGGAAUCUACAAGCUUCAGAAAAAAGAUAGUUACCGCUUCUUACCUAUGCAUCGCUACAUCGACCCGGCGGAGAGCGCGGAGAAGUUUAAGGAGUUUGAGCGCUCUCUGGACACGCUGGACAUCUCCAAGGACAAACAGGAGACCAUCAGGAAGGUGGUGGCUGCCAUCCUCUUGCUGGGAGAGGUCGACUUCGUGGAUGCUGAUGAUGGGGUCUCCAUUACCAACAAAGAUGUACUCAGCACAGUGUCGUUCCUGCUCUCGGUGGACGAGACGAAGCUGAGCUGGGCGCUGCGUCACCGCUGCAGCAUCGUGGCCGGUGACCCGGUGAAGGAGGCCAAGACGGCGGCGCAGGCGGUCGGCUCGCGGGACGCGCUGGCCCGCCUCCUGUACGGCCGCCUUGUGGACAGCGUCGUCAACUGGACCAACGCCGCCUUCACGCUCACGCGCCUGCUGUUCGGGGAGACCAACUCGGUGGGGAUCCUGGACAUGUAUGGCUUCGAGUGUAGAAGCACGAACUACUUGGAGCAGCUGGUGGUCAACGCCUUCAACGAACAGAUCCAGUCCUUCUACAACCAGUCGGUGUUCCAGUGGGAAAUGGAGGACUACCGCAAUGACGACCUGGAGGCGCCGUCCUUCCACUUCGUCGACAACAGCGCCACCAUUGACAUGCUGAUGAAGAAGGGACAAGGCCUGCUGGCGGUGCUGGAUGAGACGACGCUGUCAGCAGACUCUUCCGACGAGAAGCUACUCGAGACGUGUCGCGAGAGCGUGGAAAGUCGCCAUUUCAUUCCCGAGAAGGAGGGCUUCAGCAUUGCCCACUACGCCGGGAAGGUUUCCUACUCCAAGAAGGACAUCGUGCAGAAAAAUAAGGACCACCUGGACCCAGAGUUGUUCGACACAUUGCGCCAGUCGGAGGACCCGUUCGUGGCGCCCAUGUUCCUGCUACCACUCACCAAGACGGGCAACUUGACCAUGGACCGGGACCAGGCGCAGAGGGAAGCCGGCGGCAAGGCCAAGGUCUCCGAUGACGGCACCGGCAAUAAGCGGUUCGACACGCGGUCGCGAGGCCGGCUCUCGCAGACGGGCCUGGCGCUGCUGACGCAGGCCUCCUGCUACCGCUUCAGCGCCAUGGAGGUCAUGCACAAGCUGAUCAACAGCACGCCCCACUUUGUGCGCUGCGUCCGCCCGAACGGCGACGGCGCUGCCAACACCUGGGACACAGGUCUAGUUUCUCAUCAACUGAAGUGCAUGCAAGUUGUGAACACCAUCGCAACCAGGAAAAAUGGAUUCUCUCAGAGGAUACCUUUUGCGGAGUUUCUGAGACGGUACCAAUUUCUGGCCUUCGACUUCGACGAGAGGGUGGAGGUGUCACGGGAGAAUUGCCGUCUCCUGCUAGUGCGUCUGAAGCUGGACGGCUACAUCAUCGGCCGGGAGAAGAUCUUCCUCAAGUACUUCAACGAGGAGUUUAUGAGCAGGCUGUACGAGCGCGAAGUGAAGAAGAUCGCCAAGAUCCAGGCGAUGGUGCGCGCGUUCCUGGUGCGCCGUCGGCGGCGCGCCGGCGCGCCCCCAGACGUCACGCGGCUGCUGGCCAGUGAGUCGCAUCGGCAGCCGCGGCUCUCCAUCACGCCCGAGAUGCACGUGCUGACCGAGCUCGACCCGCCCGACGAGCUCGAGCUCAGUGACUGAGCUGCGGCGGCCGCCCGGGGGCAGCUGAGCGGUCCGCCGCAGCCCACCGGCUGAUCAGAGCUCAGCGGCGAGCUGACGUCCAGAGGCCGGGACGGGCUGAGCGGCGGGCUACAGCUCCUCGUCUGAGCCCUCAGAGCAGCGACACCCGGCCUGAGCGGCUCUCAGGCCGGCGCCUGACGUCCCGGGUGGGUUAUGUCCGUGGAGUCAAUGAAUGGAUUUGGCACCCCAGAAGAUCUUUCAGCUAAGCUUUUAGGUUAAUUCGGUACCCUGGAAAUUUAAAUCUGAGUGCUCGAAUGAAUGUCGGAUGCCUGCAGAUUUCUCGACAGCAUUUAAAAGUACUCUGAAUCCUAGAUUUUUCCGCAAAAUGAAGGGAAAGCUCCUGAAUGCUAGUAAAGACCCUUCAUCAAGUUAAAAUUGGAAGCAGAACCCUACGAAAAUGACUCCAGGUGAUAUGAGAAGAUUCUGUUUUUAAUGAGUAUCUUUUACCACAUGUGUGGGAUUUCGAGCCUGCCACAAAUCGGCCGUAUUCUUUCCUAUCUGGACAGCUUUCAGACUCAGCCUGGUGUCGUCAGUUCAUGGAAACUGCCCACAGAGUAGCUUCCACUAACUGACGACACGAACUGACAUCCUACCCAAGUCACCGGUCACCCAGCGGAGUCAAGUCACUGGUCAUCAAGUCGGCGUCUUUGAAGAUUUAACGACAGCGAGGAGGUGUAGCAGAGCUAACCUGAUUUAAGCACAUCGUAACUUUAAGGCAAUAGCUUUGUAAAUGGGCCCACUGCAUUUCGCUUCAGAGUCCGCGCUUGCAGAGUCCAGCGAUAGAGCUGGGACAUGGAUUUCGUGAUUCAGGAUGCUGGGAGUUCCUUCGGCAAACCCAGGGCAGAGAUCUUGAAUUAUCACGGGACUUUGACGCAGAAUUACAAUGUUGUAAAACUAUUUAAGUCAGAACCUUUGUCGUUUUGUCUUUUGGACUUGUUCUCAGUGCAUUUGGAACCCAGAGCUCAAUACCAUAAUCAUGGUGUUGUGUAUUUCUGGGAUUCGCGCAUUUGACUGCUCUCCUAAGAAGGCUGGCCCAUUCAGAUGCGGCUCGUCAGCUCCGAUAGUGUGAUCUCACCGAGCGAGAUGACCACAGUCUGACCCGUGACCUAGCUGAGUCUGUCUCCGAGUUAGCUGACCUGUAGGACUUGGUCACGAAGACAUGGUGACCUGGCUGCUUCGUGGUACGCUGAUUCUGAAGACACAGUAAGAAGCGACACCCUGGGAAUGUGAGGAGCGGUGCCGUGAGGGAUCAAUUCUGACAAACAGUGUAUCGAAGGAGUUCGACACCAAGAACAGAAGGUGCAUGUGAGCAAAGGUCCUGGAGUGACGGGACAAACUAGUGUGAAGACUUGGCAGUGUUAAGUUGGCCACGAGAUGUCUGUGUUGGUCGUGUCAUCUAAGUAGUAGCAUAUCAGCCUUCAUCGUGCCACUCCGAUCACCAUCACUGAUCUGAAAAUGUAUGGGGGGGAAAGCAAGACAUAAAAGCGCCUCAAGCGCCCAGUUCAAUUGCUGGCCAUAAUAUCUUGCCGAUUUUGAUAAAACAAACUUCAUACCGCUUGAUCACGAACACUUUGGGACAAUUAUUCGGGCCGAAAAUGAUGCCAAAAUGCGAUCCAAAACUUAAGUUUCCAUCCAGUACGGAAUAGGCUUAACCUGCAAAUAAUUCCAUCCCUUGCUAAAACAUAAAAAGUAAAAAUAAAAAAUCAGCCGGGUAUUAUCAAGCCGCAUUUCUACUUGAAACCUACCAUAGCCUGCAAACUUAUCUGUUUCUCUGGUUUCUCGAUUUUGUACGUAAAAGUUGGAAUGUCAAAAAUAACUCAUUCCUAGAGCAUAACAUCGACAAUGCCAUGGACUUUUGGAUAUGUGAAGGCCAUAAGCUCCUUUCAGUGUUAUAGAGUGGAUAG